AUGGCGACGCUGGGCCGGCGGGGCCUGUACUUCUGCGGAAGCAUCCGAGGCGGGAGGCAGGACCGGGCUCUCUACGGGCGCAUCGUGUCAAAACUGCGGCGCUUCGGGACGGUGCUCACAGAGCACGUGGCGGCCGCCGAGCUGGGCGCGCGCGGGGAAGAGGCAGCAGGGGGUGACAGACUCAUUCAUGAGCGAGAACUGGCUUGGUUGCAGCAGGCAGAUGUGGUGGUGGCUGAAGUGACCCAGCCUUCCUUAGGUGUUGGCUAUGAGUUGGGCCGGGCCGUGGCCCUCAACAAGAGAGUUCUGUGCCUCUUUCACCCUCAGUCUGGCCGAGUGCUCUCAGCCAUGAUCCGGGGUGCAGCUGAUGGAACACGAUUCCAGGUGUGGGAUUAUGAAGAGAACGAAGUGGAGACGCUGCUGGACCGGUACUUUGAGACCGAUCCUCCUGAGCCUGGAGCUGCCUCCUCCUCUCCAACUCUGACUUCUUGACCUAACCUUGAUAUCUAAAUUUCUACUCCAAAACCUGCUUGAUUCCACUUCUUCCAUAUGCCAUCCUUGGCCCCUAUCCCCAAUCCUGAAUUAACAAGUGUGUUCAGGUUGUAUCUUUGUGUCAUUUCUUGGGGGUGGGGAAGGUAGAAAAGAGAUGGUGGUUCACAGAAACAAGGAUGGAGUUCAUUUUCUUGAGGGUGUUUAAGCCUCCCAGGCACACCACCAUCACCACCCCAUCACUGUUUUAAUAUAGCGUUUAUUAUAUUGAGCCAUCUUCUACUAAAGUCUUCUCCUCAUCCCCACCAUUGUGGCAGAAGAUGACCCUUUGUUCCCAGAAAAUGAGGCUGGCACAUCUGGAAAGGUUUUGACUGUGGACUUGGCAAGGUUUUCCCAUCUUUGAUCUGAAGAUCCUAGUCCAUAUAAUUCCCUGCCUGGUGUGUGGAUGCCCACAGAUAGAUCAGUCGUAAUCUGGUUGAAUAGUUCCUGUGAGACUGAGAAACUCAGGCAGGCCAUUCCAAUGUUGGACAGCCAGGUGGCAGAAUGGGUUAGAAUCCUGCCUCAGAUGUUAUCUACCUGUAGGUCCCUGGGCAAGACCUCUCCCUCAGUUUCCUCAUCUGUAAAAUGGAGAGAAUAACCACCCAUCUUAAAGGGUUAUGAAGAUCAAAUG